AUGGAUGAACUGGGACCGGAUAAGAGGGAGGUAGGUGAAGGGAGGUCAGGCGGCUCACCGCCAGAGGCGGCGGCGGUGGUGGCCCGCCGGCAAACAGCUAUGAAUCAGAAGUUUGGACUGAGAAAUGGUUUUGGUUAUAAAUACACUUGCAAUGAGGCCUUCUGUGGACACACCAUCCAAGAAAACAUAUUCACCUUUCCAUUGCCAAAAGAUAAGAGUGUGCGAGAAGGAUUUGCAAAUAAAUGGAAUUCAUCUGCGGAGGAAUUAUUUUGUGUAAUAAUCCAAGGAUUCGUUCAGACAAAGGGCAUGACAAAAGAGUCUGAUAUCUUGGACGCCUUCGAAAAUAUUCGCCAAGCAUGUCUGACAUAA